AUGCACGAGAUAAACUCAAGCGUCCACCUAAACUUGACUGGAUUUAUCAUCUCAAACACGUCUUCUGAUUACCAAAGGGAAACUCUURAGCUCGUUGAGAUUUACUUUAAGUUCGAGUUUUCCUCGCUGAUAAUUAUAGCUUUUCUCGCUGCUGUGACCAUCCCSACAAAUAUCUUGCUUCUGGUCAUGGUUUAYAUGGACCCGCUCAAGUGUUUCAACAAGCCGACAACUCCUUUCGUAGUUGGACUGGCAGUAGCUGAUUUGUUGACUGGACUGACUGCUGAACCAUUCUUUUCCGUGUACUAUUACUUCCGAUAUUUCAACGCCGGYUAUGUCAGCARGGAUAUCUCCAAUCUCUACCGCGCUGGCCAGAUCUUUACUACUGUUGCCAUUAGUUCAUCGUUUCUUAUUGUUUUGGUUUUGUCGUGGUCUCAGUUUAUCGCUGUAGCCUUUCCCCAUCGAUACUCUAUCUUGGUAACCCGACGUCGGGCUACAAUUUGUGUUAUUGYCAUUUGGCUGUACUUUAUURCUUUCUCGCUUCUACAGUUUACAAACAUUGACAUGAUAAACUAUCUCCGAGUCGAUCUGAUACUCCAUCCAACUUUAAUAUCAAUAGUCCUYUUGAUAACCAUAGUGUUUCUCUAUCGGUCAUUUCAGAAAGAAAUACGAAGGAAAAAGACUCUUUUCAAACAUAAAAGCCAAACAGAAAGUAAAUCACAGCGAGGAAACAAUGUUGAACGACAGUUUACCAUUGUUACUAUCUAUCUUGCUGGCAUCAUCUUGGCAUCAGCGCUGCCACAUGUCGUAGUUCAGUAUGUGUUUCUUGAGGUCUAUCCAUCGCUUUCCCCUCAUGCCCAAAUCUACGUAUCAAUGGCUAUAAGAAUACGYGACCUUCUUCUGUUUUUGAAGGUUGCAUUAGAUGCAUUCAUCUACGCAUGGAGACUUAAAAUCUACCGGGAAACCCUCCGCAAGACCCUGAGCUGCUGCUUUCDGCUGGACCGUCGGCUGGACCAUAAAAACAAUCAUCAAACUGUAAAUACUUCAACUGAGUUGGAAAUGUUAAACGAAUCAUAA